GAUAGGCGAUAGCCCUGCUCUUGGAGAAAUACCCGCGCUUCUCUCCCAAACCCUAACCCUAGCUCCACCGAAUCCGCUUGCUCCCUUCUUUGAUCAUGUCGCACUUCGGCCGAUCCGGGCCGCCGGACAUCAAGGAUACCUACUCGCUUCUCGUCCUCAACAUCAGCUUCCGUACCACCGCGGAUGAUCUCUUCCCUCUCUUCGAUCGAUAUGGCAAGGUGGUGGAUGUCUUCAUUCCAAGGGACCGUAGGACUGGGGAUUCGCGGGGAUUUGCGUUCGUGAGGUACAAGUAUGCUGAUGAGGCUCAGAAGGCCGUGGACAAGCUCGAUGGGCGAAAUGUUGAUGGUCGAAACAUUAUGGUUCAAUUUGCGAAAUAUGGGCCGAAUGCUGAACCUAUUCAUAAAGGAAGAAUUGUAGAGGAGCUCCCAAGGACAAGGGGCAGGUCAAGAAGCCGUAGCCCUAGGCCAAGGUACAGAGAUGGUUAUCGAGACAAAAUUCAUAGGAGGCGAAGCCGUAGUCGAAGCAGGGAGCGUUAUGAGCGUGACAGGUACCGUGAGAGAGAAAGGGAUUAUCGCCAUAGGAGCAGAAGUCGCAGUCUAAGCCCUGAUUAUUAUAGAGGCCAUGGUAGAAGGUCAGAUGGCGAUCGAAGGAGAAGCAGGAGCCGCUCUUAUGACAGUGCAUCACCUGAUCGGCAUAGCGAUAGCCCUCAAAGGAGUCCAACACCUCGCAGGAACCCACCUCGCGAUAAAAGCCCUGACAAAGGUAGCCAUGGUGCACGCUCUCCACCAUCACGAAGUGUUUCACCCUAUGGUCGACGUGCAGAUUCCCGGAGUCCAUCUCCACACGGUUCUGAUCAGGAUUGAUGGAUCAUGUGGAUUGGUUGGAGAUCCCCUUACAGCUCUGCUAUAGGCAUAUGCUAUAAAGGAGGAUCUUUAUGAACUGCUGUGAUAGCUUUGGUUACCCUGGACUCCUUUUUAAGGUUGCAAAAUUGUACUUUGCUGGUUUAUCGUGGUUUCUAAACUAUGCCGUGCUUGUGGCGUUGAAGUAGUAUAUAGGCUGGUAGUGUUUGUUACAAGUCUACUAUGAUCUAUAUGAACUUUUAGUAAUGCAUAUGUCCUCCUUUUGCCCUUUAUUAUAAACUCGUUUUAUGAUAAUUUAAUAUAACUUCACUUAUGAUA